UUGAUGAUUGUUUGCUGCUCCGGGGUCCGUGAAAGCACCGAGCGCUGCGAUGAACCUCCACAAAGCCUGCUCUGCUCUCCCGCUGUAACCGCAGCUAACGUCUCCUUCUCAGGCAAACUUUGGAUACCGCUCCGCUCCCAGCUUAGCCGCCAGGGCCGGAGAGGAGCUGUGAGCAGGAACAGUAAGAGAAAGGAGCUGAAAAGCUGCUUGUGAAAGCACAAGAGUACUGAAAAGCACACUGUAUGCACCAUGGCGUCUAAACCUCCUGCUCCUCUAAUGAAGAAGCACAGUCAGACGGACUUGAUAAGCCGUCUGAAGAGCCGGAAGAUCCUUGGAGUCGGUGGCGAGGACGACGAUGGCGAAGUGCACCGCUCAAAGAUCAGUCAGAUGCUCGGAAAUGAGAUGAAGUUUGCAGUGCGAGAGCCUGUCGGGCUGAGGGUGUGGAUACUCCUCUCUGCAGUGGGUUUCACAGCUAUGGCUGUGAUGGCCCUGGUGUUUCCCAACCAACUAUAUGAGGUUGUUUUUGAGGAGGAGCUCUCCACUACUAACAUCUCUGUUCGCCUUUACGGAGGAGCAUUACUGAGCCUGUCCCUCAUCAUGUGGAACGGACUCUACACAGCAGAAAAGGUCAUCAUCCAGUGGACUCUGCUCAGUGAGGCUUGCUACUUUGCUGUUCAGUUUCUAGUGACGUCCAUCACUUUAGUGGAGAUCGGCAUCCUUCCCAACGCCGCCAUGCUGCUUCUCCUCAGUCGAGUACUCUUCUUGCUGGUCACCAUGGCUUACUACUACCACCUGGGCCGUAAGCCAAAGAAGAUCUGAGCUGACUGUGUGAUAACUUCCAGGGUGGGGACAGUUAAGCACAGAUCACAAAUGCGGGGCCAGAAGGUUUGGAUUAUGAUUUGAUUGGGGCUCGGAGCAUUA